AUGAAGCUGUCCUGGCUGGGCGUGGAUGUCUCCCGGGUGCUGCACUUGGCUGCCGUGUUCUGCCUGACCUGCGUGCUGCUGAAGGCCAUCCAGCUGUACCACCGGGCGCUGGCCGACUUUCCCGGCCACCCGACCCACUGGCUCUUCGGCCACGUCCAUGAGUUUCUCAAGGAGGAGGAGGUGCUGGACAAGGCAGAGAUCUGGGCAUGGAAGUACCGAGACGCUCACCCUGUCUGGUUCGGGAGUUUCUCGGGAUUCCUGGUUGUCACCAAUCCCGACUAUGCCAAGGUUCUGUUGGCCAGAGGAGAUCCCAAGGAUAAUAUGAGUUAUAAACACCUUAUCCCGUGGAUCGGGAACGGGUUGCUGAUCUUACAUGGGCCAAAAUGGCAUCAACACCGAAAACUCCUGACUCCAGGGUUUCAUUACGAUGUCUUGAAACCGUACGUGGCCCUGAUGGCUGAGUCUACUAACGUCAUGCUGGAUAAAUGGGAGCAGCUGAUCACAAACGGGAAACCAGUGGAGCUCUUUGAGCAUGUCAGCUUGAUGACACUGGAUAGCAUCAUGAAAUGUGCCUUCAGUUAUCACAGCAACUGCCAGACCAACAGGAAAAACACCUACAUCCAGGCUGUCUACGACCUGUGCCACAUGGUGCACCAGCGCCUCCGCAUCUUCCCCUACCACAACGACAUCAUUUACUGGCUCAGCCCCCACGGGUAUCGGUUCAGGAAGGUCUGCCAGCUGGCUCACGACCACACAGACAAGGUGAUCCAUGAGCGAAAGGAGUCACUUAAAGAUGAACAGGAAUUUGAAAAGAUCCAGAAGAAGAGACAUUUAGAUUUCCUGGACAUUCUGCUGUGUGCCAAAGAUGAGAAUGGAGCUGGACUGUCUGAUGAGGACCUGCGUGCUGAGGUGGACACGUUCAUGUUUGAGGGCCACGACACGACAGCCAGCGGGCUCUCCUGGCUCUUGUACUGCCUGGCGUCACACCCUGAGCACCAGGCACGGUGCCGGGAGGAGAUCCAGGAGAUCAUGGGGGACCGGGAGACAAUUCAGUGGGAGGACCUGGGCAAGAUGACUUACAGCACCAUGUGCAUCAGGGAGAGCCUUCGUCUUUACCCACCGGUGCCUGGCGUGUCCCGACAGCUCAGCAAAGCCAUCACCUUCCCUGAUGGACGCACCUUGCCAGAAGGCAGCAUCGCUGCGAUAAGCAUUUAUCUCAUUCACAGAAACCCUGCAGUGUGGAAGGACCCUUUGGUGUUUGACCCUUCGCGUUUUUCCCCGGAAAACGUCUCUGGCAGACACUCUCACGCCUUUCUGCCUUUUUCAGCUGGGACGAGGAACUGCAUCGGGCAGCAGUUUGCCAUGAAUGAGAUGAAGGUGGCGCUGGCCCUGACCCUGCUCCGCUUCGAGCUCUCACCCGACCCUGCCAAGCCUCCCUGCAAAAUACCUCAGAUCAUCCUUCGCUCCAAGAAUGGGAUUCACCUCUACCUAAAGAAAAUCCGCUGA